CAGCGAUUUCGAGCAGUUCCCUUGAGUCAAUUGUGUUCCAGCUUCUUCGUCUAGAGCGUUUGCUGCCGUUCCUUUGCUGUUUUUGUUGGUCCGUUUCCCACCAACUCGGUAUUCAACUCCGAGAAUGAUGGGCUCAGUCAGUGCUUUGGGCACCUCCACGACGGGGAAAUCGGGUGUCCCCGAAGGAGAGGAGAAGAAAUAGUAAGGGGGGAGGGCGGAGAGAGGCGGGGGACGCUCGGGAAGACCCCACACACGCUGGCAGCAUGGUGCAUGGUCCGGAGGGGUGCUUUUUGGUUCUUCUCUGUGUGUUGUGGUGCAGCGCACUCAAGGCGUCGAUCACCUGGCCAAUGGCGCUCGCGAGCAUCCCGUGCAUCGCCCUCCUGAGCAUCCCGGUCGGCGGCUGUCCUUUGUCUUCAUGUGACCAUUUUCCCACUGGUAUCCGCCAAGCACCGCACGUACUGUAGAUGGGGCACAUGUGUGUAUGGUCUGUAUGUCCGUGUGUGUGUUUUGCAGAUAUUGCUGGGCUCCCGGGCUCCAUGCAUUUUUCUUGACUAUCGCUGCCUACGUUUUAUAUUUGGCAGCAGCUUGCCUUUUUGAUCGCAUGAGCAGCCCCUGCGCUUCUCUGCACUGACUGUGACUGUGACUGUUAGUGUGCCGUCAUCGAGCAGGAUCUGCGGAUGGGUGAAUUGAGGGUAUCUUGGGAUUCGUCUUACUGCAGUGGGCUUAUUUCGAACUGAGGGAAUGAAUGGUUAUUUGAGGCGGUGGUUUGGUUGGUGAAUGCGUGUGGAUCUAUCCAUAGCUCUCACACUCUCUCGGUGGUUGAUUGCUGGCUGUGCACUUUGCCGACUCAUAGUAUCAUGGAUUGACACAUUAACAGACAACUCGCAUUCAUGCCAGACCGUGUCAACUCACAGCUGGCCUGCGUC